AUGACGCAGUUCGUGCUGCUCGGCAAAGGGCAGGGCACUGGAACGGGCGACUCCCGCAGCUCCACUGCCACGCCAACUCCGCUGGACGCGCACAAUUACCCCAACCGACACGCCAAAGUUGCCAAGCAAAUCGAUCAGAUGACGUUCCAGAGCGGCGACAAGGGCCAGGGCAAGAGUCCCAAGAAGGCGUACGUGCGAUGCUUCCCAAUCCUGGCCGUGGUCGUGACCCUGAUCGUGUCGUCGAGGCAGAUCCUUCAGCACCGCAUGUACUACCAGAUGCUUCGGCACGGGAUGCUGCUAGACAUCGAGAACUUCUCGGCGUUCUCCGAUCCCUUGUUCUGGAUUGUCGUAUGGUGUACGUUGAACGCGUUCCUGCACUUCCUCGUCAACGUGAUCCACAGCAGUGGCAGCAUUGAGGCGAUGAAGAGCGACUCUUUCAUGGAAGAAGUGGAGACGCGCGUGGUGUUCUUCGUCAUGCCCGCGUGCCUCUACCUGGCCUUCCUCUACGGCUCCUACGACACCGAG